GUUGGUCACAUGGUCUCAGAUCUGCAGGAGAGGAAGAUAAGUAUAAAAGUAUUUCAUUUUUUCCGCCUGGGAGCAGAUCAGCAGCAGUUGCAGCUUGUGAAGAAGACGGGAAAGAGAGCACUCAGAGUCAGGAAUCAUGCCGAUAUUCAGGGUGCACACCAACGUGGCCAAAAGCAAAGUUCCAGCAGCUUUUCUGUCUGAGACUGCCGAAGAACUGGCCAAAGCUAUGGUCAAACCCGCACAGUAUAUUGCUAUACAGGUCAACGGUGACCAACCAAUGACAUUUGGAGGAAAGGGAGACCCCUGUGCAUGCUGCACCCUCCAAAGCAUUGGCCAGAUCAGUGGUGCUCAGAACAAGCAGUACACCCAACUCCUGUGUGGACUGCUCCAAAAACACCUGGGCAUCUCUCCUGACAGGAUUUAUAUUGCCUUUGCUGAAUUGGCUGCAUCCAAUGUUGGUUGGAAUAACACGACCUUCGAUGCGAUUGACCUCAGCACACUGAAAUAGAAGAUUAUUCCGGAGGGUUCCAAAUGUCUGAGCAGAGUAACAACUGAUGAAUUGAAGUGGCUCAGACAUCAAAUCAAAAUUCCUCAAUCAAAAUAUUGUAAGAGUAGCUUCAGAAGCACUUACCUGGACCCUAUAGCACUUGCUAUUGGACUCAUCCUUUCCCACUUAAAUGCAAUAAAGCAAAUCCUGCAGACAAUGGA